CGAGGCCGUUUCAGGAUACCGGGGCAACUGUGAGCGGCUCUUUUUUUCUUUCUUUUUUUGUGGUUGUUGUUGCGCCCUCCAUCAUGGCGAGUGACUCUCCAGCCCGGAGCCUGGACGAAAUAGACCUGUCCGCGUUGAGGGAUCCCGCUGGCAUCUUUGAGCUGGUGGAGCUGGUGGGAAACGGCACCUAUGGGCAGGUGUACAAGGGUCGCCAUGUCAAGACGGGGCAGUUGGCAGCCAUCAAGGUCAUGGAUGUCACCGGGGAUGAGGAAGAGGAGAUUAAAGCAGAAAUUAACAUGCUGAAGAAGUACAGUCACCAUCGGAACAUCGCCACCUACUACGGAGCGUUCAUCAAGAAGAACCCGCCGGGCAUCGACGACCAGCUAUGGCUGGUCAUGGAGUUCUGCGGCGCCGGCUCGGUGACGGACUUGGUCAAGAACACCAAGGGCAACUCUCUGAAGGAGGAGUGGAUCGCCUACAUCUGCCGAGAGAUUCUCAGGGGCCUGACUCACCUCCAUCAGCACAAGGUCAUCCACCGAGACAUCAAGGGCCAGAACGUCCUGCUGACCGAGAACGCAGAGGUCAAACUAGUGGACUUCGGCGUGUCGGCCCAGUUGGACCGCACGGUGGGGCGGAGGAACACGUUCAUCGGGACGCCGUACUGGAUGGCCCCGGAGGUCAUCGCCUGCGACGAGAACCCCGAAGCCACGUACGACUUCAAGAGUGAUUUAUGGUCGCUGGGAAUCACGGCGAUAGAGAUGGCGGAAGGAGCACCGCCGCUGUGUGACAUGCACCCAAUGAGAGCCCUCUUCCUCAUCCCGCGUAACCCCGCCCCCAGACUCAAGUCGAAGAAGUGGUCCAAUAAGUUCCAGUCGUUCAUCGAGAGCUGUCUGGUGAAGAGCCACGGCCAGAGGCCCAGCACGGAGCAGCUCCUCAAGCACCCGUUCAUCAGAGACCUGCCCAACGAGAGGCAGAUCCGCAUCCAGCUGAAGGACCACAUCGACCGCACCAAGAAGAAGAGAGGGGAGAGGGAUGAGACAGAGUACGAGUACAGCGGCAGUGAAGAGGAGGAUGAAGAAAGAGAGAUGGGUGAACCGAGCUCCAUCAUCAACGUCCCCGGGGAGUCGACGCUGAGGCGGGACUUCCUGCGCCUCCAGCUGGCCAACAAGGAGCGGUCGGAGGCGCAGCGGCGGCACCAGCAGCAUCUGCUGGAGCAGCAGCAGAACGAGGAGCACAAGCGCCUGCUGUUGGCCGAGAGGCAGAAGCGCAUCGAGGAGCAGAAGGAGCAGAGGAGGCGGCUGGAGGAGCAGCAGCAGCGAGAGCGAGAGAAGAGGAAGCUGCUCGAGAGGGAACAGAGGAGGCGCUACGAGGAAAUGGAGCAGCUCCGCAGAGAGGAGGAGAGGAGGCACGCGGAGAGAGAGCAGGAGUAUAUCCGUAGACAGCUGGAGGAGGAACAGAGGCAGUUAGAGAUCCUCCAGCAGCAGCUACUACAAGAACAGGCAUUACUGAUGGAAUACAAACGUAAGCAGAUUGAGGAGCAGCGGCAGGCGGAGCGGCUGCAGAGGCAGCUCCAGCAGGAGAGAGCCUACCUGGUGUCUCUGCAGCAGCAGCCGCAGACGCAGACGCAGACGCAGACACAGACACAGCAGCUGCAGCCGCCGCCGGAGGCGGGAAGGCAGGCAGAGAAGAAACCGCUUUACCACUACAAAGACAUCAUCAAUCCCAAUGACAAGCCGGCCUGGGCCAAAGACGUCCCGAAGCAGCAGCAUGUUGAGAGUAACCCACCCCGCCCCCAACUACGACAACACCCGUCAUUCGACCAACCGGCUCCAUCCCCCGGCUCUCACGUCUCACGCAGAGCUCAGGCGCCGAGGCGAACCCAAUCCCAGUGUGCCAAGCUCCUCCCCAAUAUAUGUAUCUCACGAGACCCCGAAGAGCCCCUAGAUCUGGGGCUGCAGCAGGAGAUAAGUCAGCAGGUCAGAGAGUUCAGGGCUCAGAAACUCAGUCUCGGGGCCCGCAGCCCGGGGCCCAACCAGGAGAACAGCCAGGCUCCUGGCCAAGGGCCCAGUAAGGGGCCUGGAAAGAGUCAUGCAAGCCAAUGGCCAGUCAGCCAGUCUACUACACCACCUAACCUGUAUUUUCUGGGGCCCGAGAAAGAGAAGGCCAAAGAGAGGCCUUUCUCUGUCCCCAACCAGGCAGCCAUCCCGGGGCCGAUGCCUCCAGACCUUCAGUUUAAGGCCCUGCAACCUCAUCCUCAAGGGCCAGGACCGGCCCAGGCACCUCAGUCUGGAUCCAAUAGGGCAUCCAACCCUGCGGUGAAACUGGUGGAGGAGCGAUCCAAGUUGAACCGACAGAGCUCCCCGGCGCUGCAGCACAAAGCGUCCAACCGCAUCUCCGACCCCUCCCUCCCUCCCCGCUCCGAGUCCUUCAGCAGCGGGGGCAUGCAGCCCGCCCGCACCCCACCCAUCCACCGCUCCAUCGAACCACAGAUGGCUCACCUGGUUCCGGUGAAGACCCACUCCGGCUCCAUGUCGGGCUCCCAGUCUCUCCAGGACCAGACGGGCUCCUCCCUGAGCGAAGGCCUCAGCGUGGGCUCCCCGAGGCCCGAGAUGCCCCGGCAGAACUCAGACCCCACCUCUGACACCCCCGGAGCCCCGCAGUGCGUCACGGGCAGAGAGGACCGGGAACGGGACAGAGACAGGGACCGGGACCGAGACCGAGACCGGACCGCCGCCUGGCUCAGAGAGGAGGACCUCCCACCCCAGGUCCCCCAGAGGACCACUUCCAUCUCCCCAGCAUUGGUCAGGAAGAACUCCCCCAAUGGAGGAGCGGGUCUGAGCCCUUGCACAGGCUCUCAACUCAUCCGGGCCAGCAACCCGGACCUUCGGCUCUCCGAGCUCUCUCUGGACGCCAUGCUGCAAAGAACCUCCUCCAACUCGUCGUCCUCCUCCUCCCCUUCAUCUCAGGGCGGCUCGGCCGAGAGGAGAGGUCAAGCCGAGCAGGAAGAGUCCCCUCCAGGAGCCAAUCAGGAGGCUAAGCCCAAACAGGAGGAGGGCCGGGAAUCGGCCAGACCCAGCAGGCCUGCAGACCUCAGUGCCUUGGCCAAGGAGCUCAGGGAGCUGAGGGUGGAGGAGGGCAGCAGGCCUCCAGCCAAGGUGACCGACUACUCGUCCUCGAGCGACGAUUCGGAGAGCAGCGACGACGACGGGCAGACGGUGGGCCACGACGGGACCGUCGCCGUGAGCGACACCCCCCGCAUCAUGCCGGCAGUGCAGAGCAGCAGUGAGACGUACGGAGGGCUGACGGAGGAAUCUCUGGGAGACGCUUACGACAGCUCCAAGGAUGGCACUCUGGUGAUGAGAGAGAAGAAAGAGGAGAGGAGGAGAGGCGGCCACGCCGAGAGUAACGGGUUCGGGAAUCACAAUAACCACGGUAACCUGCCUGACCUGUUGCAGCAGAGCAACUCUCCCUCGGCCACGCCCACUUCGGCCCUGCAGGAACUGGGCAACAUGGCUGAGUUUGGACUGGGCGGGUCCAAAGCGUCCUUCACCCCAUUCGUUGACCCUCGUGUCUAUCAAACCUCCCCGAGUGAGAACGCCGAUGACGAGAUCUCAGCUGAAGCCCAGUUUGGCAGCGAGCUGCUGAUGCAGGAGCAGGCCCGACUAAACGAAGCCAGAAAGAUCUCCGUGGUCAACGUCAACCCGACGAACAUCCGACCGCACAGCGACACGCCGGAGAUCCGCAAAUACAAGAAGCGCUUCAACUCCGAGAUCCUGUGCGCCGCACUCUGGGGCGUGAACCUGCUGGUGGGCACGGAGAACGGCCUGAUGCUGCUGGAUCGGAGCGGGCAGGGGAAGGUCUACAACCUGAUCACCAGGCGGCGCUUCCUGCAGAUGGAUGUGCUGGAGGGGCUCAACGUGCUCGUCACCAUAUCCGGGAAGAAGAACAAGCUGCGCGUCUACUACCUCUCCUGGCUGAGGAACAGAAUCCUGCACAACGACCCGGAGGUGGAGAAGAAGCAGGGCUGGAUCACAGUGGGGGAGCUGGAGGGCUGCGUGCACUAUAAAGUCGUGAAAUACGAGAGGAUCAAGUUCCUGGUGAUCGGUCUGAAGAACGCCGUGGAGAUCUACGCCUGGGCUCCGAAACCCUACCACAAGUUCAUGGCCUUUAAGUCCUUCACUGAGCUGCAGCACCGUCCCCAGCUGGUGGACCUGACGGUGGAGGAAGGUCAGAGGUUGAAGGUCAUCUACGGCUCCAGCGUGGGCUUCCACGUCAUCGACGUGGACUCGGGCAACCCGUACGACAUCUACAUCCCCUCGCACGGUGCCAAACAGAUGAAGAUCCAGAGCCAGGUGACGCCCCACGCCAUCGUGGUUCUCCCGAAGACCGACGGGAUGGAGAUGCUGCUGUGCUACGAGGACGAGGGCGUCUACGUCAACACCUACGGCCGCAUCACCAAAGACGUGGUGCUGCAGUGGGGCGAGAUGCCCACCUCCGUCGGUAUUCUUUGCGUCGGUGCGCUCGGGGGGCAGCAGCCAGGUUUUCUUCAUGACCCUCAACAGAAGCUCUAUGAUGAACUGCAGCUGACGGGUACGUUGGCCCUGGCCGUGUUCACGGCGACGCUGUCCUCCCUGCAGUACGGCUACAGCCUGGGAGUCAUCAACGCGCCCCAGAGGGUCAUAGAGAAGCAUUACGGGCUGUCCCUGGGCGUGUGGUCGGAGAGGGCCGCCGUCCCGUCGGGAAACGCCACCACCACCGAAGAAGAAGGAGAAGACGGCGUGUUCCGGGAGGCGGGGCACCACCCUACCGUGGUCAUGUACUGGUCACUGUCGGUGGCCAUCUUCUCCAUCGGGGGCAUGCUGUCCUCCUUCCUGGUGGGAUAUGUGGGAGACCUGAGAGGGAGGAUCAAAGGCAUGUUGAUGGUGAACAUCCUGUCCGUGGCGGGCGGGCUGCUCAUGGGCCUCUGCCGGAUGUGGAAACCUCACAUCAUGGUCAUCUCCGGCCGCGCCGUCAUGGGCUUCUACUGCGGGAUCACAUCUGGUCUCGUGCCGAUGUACAUCGGAGAGAUCGCCCCCAAGGCGUACCGAGGGGCUCUGGGGACAUUACACCAGCUGGCCAUCAGCAUCGGCAUCCUCAUCAGCCAGGUAAUAGGCUUGGACUUUGUGUUUGGGAACGAUGACAUGUGGCCCCUGUUGCUCGGGCUGUCUGGAGCUCCGGCGGUCCUCCAGACCUUCCUGCUGCCCCUUUGCCCCGAGAGCCCCCGCUACCUUUACAUUGUGCUGGGCAAGGAGCCCGAGGCCCGCAAGAGCCUGUAUCGUCUGAAAGGGGCGUAUGACGCAACUCCCGAUCUGGAGGAGAUGAGGAGGGAGAAAGAGGAGGCAGACAAGGAGCCCAGAGUCUCCAUCCUUUCCUUGGUCCGAUCCCCUGUGUACCGGCAGCAGCUGUUUGUCGCCCUCAUGAUGCACCUCUCCCAGCAGCUGUCUGGCAUCAACGCAAUCUUCUAUUACUCUACGGAUAUCUUCACUCGGGCCGGUGUCGCUCAGCCGGUCUUCGCCACGAUAGGAGUCGGACUCAUCAACACGCUCUUCACUCUGGUGUCGGUGAGUGUGGCUCCAGAUGCAAAAAACAACAAAACAAACACACUUUCUUUUAUCAUUUGUAAUAAAACACACACACACACACACACACACACACACACACACACACACACACACACUGUGUUCCAGGUGGCUCUGGUGGACCGGGCCGGCCGGCGCACCCUGACUCUGGUGGGACUGGGAGGGAUGUGUUGCUGUGCCGUCGGCAUGACGGUGGGCCUCAAGUUACAGAACGAAUACUCGUGGAUGAGCUACGUCAGCAUGUCGGCCGUCUUCCUCUUCGUGAGCUUCUUUGAAAUCGGGCCCGGGCCCAUCCCGUGGUUCAUCGUCGCCGAGCUCUUCAGUCAGGGACCUCGACCGGCGGCCAUCGCUCUGGCCGGCUGCUGCAACUGGACCAGCAACUUUGUCGUCGGCAUGAUGUUUCCAUAUGUACAGACUUGGUUGGAAUCGUACGUGUUCAUCCUGUUCGCCGUGCUGCUCCUCGGCUUCACCGUGUACAUUUACCUCCGGGUGCCCGAGACCAAGGGCAAGAGCUUCGAGGAGAUCGCCGCCAUCUUCCACAAGGACCGCAAGAAGUCGCCCGAAGAGGCUGCGGAAAUGCAGCAGCUGAAGGCCUCCACGGACGCUUGAAAACAAGACGGCCGUGUUGUGUGCGGUCCAGUUUGUGCGCGUGUUGCGAAGGUUCAAACUGUCUGUCAGUAUUACCCAACGUCGAGUAUUUGUUGUGCAUUACGAUUAUUGUUGAAUAGGGUGCGACACAAAAAACUCAGCAGCAACACACAAUAGCACGUUUGUGUUAUAUGAAGUGGAGUUUACAUUUAUUCCAUAUAUAAACUCGCGGUAUACAAUAUUUUACGACAAGCCUGUUUGUUUAUUUUUGACCCGACUGCAGCUUUAUUGCGUCUUUUAUUGUCAUCGGUUGACAGGCUUUAGUGUUUUGAAUUCACUUCCACUGCUGUCAUAGCUUCAUUUGUGGCCACAGUAGGCCCAUUUUUCCAGAGUAAAUAAGCAUAAAAAUGUCCCUGUGCACUGCAUACCCAGCACCAGACAUAAGUUAGACAAAGUUAGAGAAUAAUAAUGAACAUAGAGCGGGAGAAAAGAGUCAAAAGGAGAGCGACUGUUGGCCGUACACUCAAAGAAAUGACUCAUUGGAUGAACUCAAUUAAAUUGUUGGCAGGUUUUCCAUCCAAUAAUUAUAUUCAACUCCAACUCAAAUUUAGCACAUCAGUGCAAUACAAUGUAAUUAAGUUAGUCCAACUCAUUUGUAUCAAAUAUAUCUAAAAUAAAAUAACAAUAUUCAUUAAAUUAAAUUAAUUUGUGUUUGUCCAACUCAAAAUAUAAACUAACUAAGAAAAUAUGCAAACUCCACACAGAAGGAAAGCCCCGAUUGGGAAUUGAACCCACAGACCUCUGGCUUUUAGGCGACGGUGCUAGCCACUACACCACCAUACAGCCCUGAAAGUGUCUUCACCUUGUAAACAACUGAUUCUCAGCUGGCGCAUGUGCAAAGGGUAGUCCUCAAUGAAACACAUUUAUUUUGAGUUGAUAUGCACACCAUCUAACCUAAAUAAAUCUAAUAAAUGAAAGAAUUCAUACAUUUUGUGUUCCACCCAUUAAAUAUAAAUAUCUAUUUUUGUAAUUGAUUUAUUUAAAUGUAUCAAACAAUAUUUAAAUGUGUCACCUCGAAGAAGGGCUUGAAUAGUUUUUGUGAGUGUAACCUAAAUAAAUCUAAUAAAUGAAAGUAUUCAUACAUUUUGUGUUACACCCAUUCAAAAUAAAUAUCUUCGUUUUGUAAUUGAUUUAUUUAAAUGUAUCAAGCAAUAUUUAAAUGUGUCACCUCUAAGAAGGGCUUGAAUCGUUUUUUUGAGUGUAUGCGCUCUUCAGUUGACCGGAAAACACAACGACCGCAGAUGAACGCUGACGUGUCUGCGUGGGUUUGUCAACGGGCAGCUGUUGGAUAUCAAGUUGGUCACUUUUGUGUUCAAGCUUUUUAAAAAUGUAACUUUAAAAUAAACAGAAUUGUGUAAUUAC